GCAUAUGCGUAAAAGUAUUGUUAAAAUGAAUGUUUCUCUCCUCAUUGACUGACUAUCACCAUGACAACUAAACUCCUCUUAUUUUAUAUUCAUUCAUUCCACUGAGUUUAUUGUGUUGUUUACGCGAAGCGGUUAAGUUGGAGGAAACGUGAAAUUUAAGUUGACAACUUAUCGCUGAUUAACCAUGUCUGAUGUUGAAAUGGAAACGAGUGCUCCGGGUGGAGAGAUGGAUGUGAACACAGCUCUCCAAGAAGUUCUGAAGACCUCCCUCACUCAUGGAAAACUAUCUAGGGGACUCCAUGAAGCUGCAAAGUCACUAGAUAAAAGACAGGCACUUCUCUGUGUUUUAGCUACUAACUGUGAUGAACCACAAUAUGUCAAACUAGUGGAAGCCCUUUGUGCUGAACAUCAAAUAAAUCUUCUGAAAGUUGAUAGCAAUAAGAAAUUAGGAGAAUGGGCCGGUUUGUGUACAUUUGACAAGGAAGGUAAAGCCAGAAAAGUCGUUGGAUGCAGCUGUGUUGUUGUCGUGGACUAUGGAAAAGAAACUCAAGCCCAUGAUGUGCUGAAUGAUUACUUCAAAUCUAAGAGAGCAUAAUGUUUUUUCAAUAAAGAGAAAAAAAAUUGA